AUGCCUUCCACAGCCAACAUCGACACUCGCGUCGAUAUAGCUGAUGACCUAGCAGCGGUCGAAAAGCAUGGCUCCGAUGGCGGCCCAGAGAACGCCACCGCCAUCGACCCGAAGCUGCAGAGCUCGCUUCUGCGCAAGCAAGAUUCACGCAUCAUCCCCUUGGCAGCGGGUAUAUACUUGCUCUGCUAUCUCGACCGUUCCAACAUUGGCAAUGCCAAGGUUCUAAACUCAUCAACCAAGCAUGACCUUCUCUCCGAAACCGGCAUGUCCAACUUGGACUACACCAUCGCCCUCAUGGUGUUUCUAAUUGCCUACGCGCUCUUCGAGGUGCCCUCCAACUACUUUCUCAAGCGCAUGAAGCCAAGCCGAUGGAUCUCGUUCCUCAUGUUCUCUUGGGGCACCAUCACUAUGUGUCUUGGCGCUGCCCACAACUACGGUUCUGUCACAGCUAUGCGAUUUUUGCUUGGCGUUUUCGAAGCAGGCAAGUCAGGUUUAUUCCCAGGCUUGGUAUACUACUUGACUUUCUGGUAUCGCCCUGAAGAAAGAUCCCUCCGUGUUGCGACCAUUCUUGCUUCAGCAACGCUUGCUGGUGCAUUUGGUGGCGCCAUCGCAUAUGGUGUUGGCCAUAUGAAUCAAGUUGGCGGUUUGUCUGGUUGGCGAUGGCUGUUUAUCCUCGAAGGUGCUCCUUCAGUGGUAUCGGCGGCAUUGGUGUGGUUUUGCCUCCCUGACUAUCCCGAGACAGCCAAGUGGCUUUCCCUAGAAGAGAAGGAUCUGGCAGCUGCCAGGUUGGCUGAACAAGGCUCUCACGGAAGCAGUAAAUCCAUGACCUGGGAAGAUGCCAAGUCGACACUCCUGGAAUGGAGACUAUGGUGUCACUACUUGAUCUACUUUGGCAUUUCAGCACCAUUCUCAAGUCUGUCUUUGUUUACACCAUCAAUCACUGCAGGCCUUGGGUUCGCAGACUUGAGAGCUCAGUUGAUGACUGUGCCUCCAUACGCAGCGGCAUACGUAGUCACACUCCUCGUGUCUUGGUCGGCUGAUAGAUACAACGCCCGCGCCCUCCAUUCCGCUGCAUUCUCUCUCAUUGGGGCUGUGGGGUUCAUCGCGUCUGCAGUUCUGCCAGCUCAUUCAUAUAGUCCUCGUUAUGGAUGUCUCAUUGUUGCAGCUUGCGGUUCAUUCGCCUGCAUUCCUCCUCUCCUAGGCUGGCUUUCAUCCAACCUGCAAUCCACCGCAGCCAUUGGUUUGGCGAUUGCCUUGAACAUCUCUAUGGGAGCCCCUGGUCAGAUUGUGGGAGUCUGGAUCUACAAGGCUGAGGAAGCUAAAAAGGGAUAUCCAACCGGCCACUGGACCAAUGCUGGGUUGCUCUUGUUCGUGUCCGCGGGUUGUAUCGUGAUGCACUUCUACUAUGUAUGGAGGAACAGGCGUGGGGGCGUCGGUGAUCCCAUCUUCAAGUAUUAA